AUGUUAAUAAAAUCAACAUGAGACAAAAAAAUUUAAUGACCGAAUACAUGCUUCGGCAUCAAGAUUUGGCCAAAAAUAUGUUGCCGAAUUGUGGUCAGGGCAAAGCUGCUGCCAAUAAAUUGUGGGACUCCUUGGCGGUCCUGCUUAAUGCGGCCGGUCCACCAAUGAAGGAUGCUAAGUCUUGGCGGAAAGUAUUUGCUGAUCAAAAGCACAACGUCAAAAAGAAGUUGUCUUUCAACAAAGCGUCGAAGCAACGAACUGGUGGUGGUCCUUACGAAGAAAAGUACCUAAAAACAGCAGAAGAGCAACUGCUUCAGGCUACCGGCAGGGACGUUGCGGUAGAAGGCCUGGGAGAAGUAAGGACUUUUGGCAACUCCACCCCUGAAAAAGAGCCUGUCGAAAAGCUUAUGGCAGAGCUUUUAUACAGUGAUGAAGACAAAGUUCCACCGAAACCCUCUAUUAGUCGCACCGCUACGAAGAGGAGCAAACAGGAUGCUGCCGAUGAAAAGCUGGCCCUCAUUAAAGACAACAUGAUCGCGUUUGAAAGCUACCAGCAGAGUAUAGGCGCAAAACUAGACAAGCUUAUAGCUUUAAAGGAGAGGUCGAUGGAAAUAAAAGAGGAAGCGCACAAAGCUUAUAUGGAAGUCAAAGCAAUAGAGCUGCAAAUUAACCGAAUACAAUUAGAAGCCUUAAAGGAAAAUAAAUAAAUAUACAUACAAAUAAUAAUAAACAU